AAUUGCAGUCCAAAAUGUAAACGAAAACGAGUCGAAAGCAAAAUAGUCGAAAUACUAACAUCUCAUCAUCCGGCGGCCGAAAAAGCAGCAACAUUUUGAAACAAAAACUGAACAAAAAUCGAAGAAAAUAGUGGAAAAAUUGGAAAAGUCUCCACGGAAAUAGAAAAAAGUCAACAAAACGGUGCUCGUUCCGACACACAUUCUACAGAAAAGUUCUUCUCUUUGUGUUUCUUCGCCGUCUUUGCCGUUGUUUUCCUUCUUUCUUUUAUUUUUUUUUUGUGUCAUUUUGCGUUUCUGGCGUGGAAAUUUUGGAAAACUUUUUCGAAAAAAAUAUAGACUGAAAGUGUUAUGAAAUAGUGGCCCCGCGUGCGUGGAAAUAAAAAGCGCAAAAGUGCUGGAAAUUUAAUAAAAAAAUUUAACUAAAAUUAACUAAAAAUUAACUUAAAAAUCAUAAAAAAAAUAAAAGCAAUAAUUAAGAUUAAGAAGACACUGUGAGAAAAUCUGUGAAAUCUUCAGGAAACUGCUCUACAAACUCUGCAAAAAGAAAGUACUACCGCCACUACCGCCAAUUAACAAGCCGCCUUCCAACUAACCCAGUGCCAGUGCCCGUUGCCAGGCUCCAGAUCCUCGAAGGCAGUCGUAGGAGUGGCAGCCACUUCCAGGACCCACGUGCCCCAAAUUGCAGAAGCAGAAGCAGCAGCAGUAGCAGGAGAGGGAGCAGCUCCUAUGCCAGUUUAGGCAAAAUGCAGGCCACGACCAAUGAGAUUGUCAGGAGCCAGCAGGAGUGUGUCAAGACCUGCGAUAGGGAAUAUUGCAACUGCUCGCCCUGCACCCAAUACGAUAUGAACGAUUCGGCUCCGAAUACUCCAGGACCUAGUUCCGCCUCCACUCAGCCGAAAAAGUAUUACCGUCAUGCGGCUCAUAGAGUCUUUGUGAACAGAUCACUGCAUUUGGAGAACAUCAAGUACUAUGGCUUCGACAUGGACUAUACCCUGGCAGAGUACAAGUCCCCGCAGUAUGAGCAACUGGGCUUCAAUCUCGUCAAGGAGCGUCUGGUGUCCAUGGGCUAUCCCAAGGAGAUCCUUCAGUUCGAAUACGAUCCCACUUUCCCCGUGCGAGGCCUCUGGUUCGAUACUUUGUACGGAAAUUUGCUCAAAGUGGAUGCCUACGGCAAUAUUUUGGUCUGUGUCCAUGGCUUUGAGUUUAUUAAGCAUCACCAGGUCUAUGAGUUGUAUCCGAAUAAGUUUCUCAAACUGGACGAGUCCCGGGUCUAUGUCCUGAACACGCUCUUCAACCUUCCGGAGACCUAUCUCCUGGCCUGUCUCACUGACUUUUUCACAAACAGCAAUGAGUUUGUUCGCGUUGAGCGCGGAAUCAAAGCUGGCGAUUUCCUUUUCACGUACAAGUCGAUUUUCCAGGACGUGCGUCGCGCCGUCGACUGGGUGCAUUCCGAUGGUGAUCUGAAGCGUCGUACCACUCAGAACAUGGCCCACUAUGUGAAGAAGGACGCCCGCCUGCCCACCGUCCUCUCCCGGAUCAGGGAGUCCGGCGCCAAGCUCUUCAUGCUGACCAACAGCGACUACACCUACACCAACGAGAUCAUGACCUAUCUGUUCGACUUCCCACAUGGCGCCACCGAGGAGGAGCCGCACCGCGACUGGAAGACCUACUUCGAUGUCAUUGUGGUGGAUGCCCGGAAGCCGCUCUUCUUCGACGAGGGCACUGUUCUCCGGCAGGUGGACACCAAGACCGGUGGCCUCAAGAUCGGCACCCACAUCGGCCCCCUGCAGCCCGGCCAGGUGUACUCCGGAGGGUCCUGUGAACUCUUCACCAAGUUCAUCAACGCCAAGGGCAAGGACGUCCUCUACGUUGGAGAUCACAUCUUCGGGGAUAUCCUGAAGUCCAAGAAGAUCCGGGGAUGGCGUACGUUCCUCAUUGUCCCGGAACUGGUCCGGGAGUUGCAUGUCUGGACGGAUGAGUGCCAGUUGUUCGCGGAACUCCAAAAUCUGGACAUCAAGCUGGGCGACCUCUACCGCGACCUGGACUCCAGCGCCAAGGUCAAGCCGGACAUCUCCCAGCUGCGCACCUGCAUCCGCGACGUGACCCACAAAAUGGACAUGGCCUAUGGAAUGAUGGGCUCCCUGUUCCGGUCCGGAUCCCGGCAGACCUUCUUCUCCAGCCAGGUGGUGCGGUAUGCCGACGUCUAUGCCGCCACCCUGCUCAAUCUCAUCUACUAUCCCUUCUCGUACAUGUUCCGUGCUCCGGCCAUGCUACUGCCCCACGAGUCCACUGUCGCCCAUGAUCAGCUGGCUCCAGCUCCAGCUCCAGCUCCUGGUCCGGGUCCGGGUCCUGGUUCCAUGUGCUCUCCGGAUGAGCCAACUCCUCCAGCCAGGAUUAUGGCUGGAAAUGAUCUGCCCCAGCAGCCAACCAAGGAUGCCAAGGACUUGCAUCGUGCUAGCUCCAUUGUCCACACACGCCCCUCCACGCCCACCGUCGUCACUCACACCCACGACGAGGACUAUUCCGAGGAGGAGGAGACCGCCAGUGGCGCCGAGUCCCCCUCCGAUCAGCCGCUCCGCGAGGCUUCCGAGGAUUAAGGACACACCCGUUUAAGGAACAACAAGGAUCAACGAAUUUUCAAAGCGCCCCCCCCCCCCCUCCCUCGAUACUCCAAAUCAUCCUAAUUAUUUUUUUAUUUUUGGCUUUUUGUUUUUUUUUUUGUGAAAUGAACGAUUUUUGCUGGCGAUUUUAAACCCGAGAUGCACAGAUUUGUGAAACUAUAUAUACCAUAUACGAUAUAUACAUUAUACAUUAGCUGGUUCCAUAUAUAUAUAAUAUAUAUAGACUUAUAUAUA